AUGAGGUCCAGAUACCAAAGACUACUGCCGGGUACGGCCAAGUCCAACAACUUGGGCGGACGGUCGAGAAAUAAUAGUACUGGGAGUGCAUCAUCGCUGCCUACCUGUGUCGUAAACCCCAUUGCUUGCGAGAGGUGCCGGCGGAAAAAGGCAAAAUGCGAUGGCGAAAGACCAAACUGCAACCGCUGCGUGCGAAACGGCGCAACCUGCCAAUACGAUGCAGAUGUUGGCGAAUCCCGUGCCGCGGCGCUGAAAAAGAAAUACAGUGCAUUGGAGAAGGAAGCCGCGCAGCUGAGUAAGGCGGUUCACCAGUUGAAACGUCUUUACGGAUAUAUCUGCGCAUCGUCCGAGGACGAGGCAUUCAAGGUGUUCCAACACAUCAGGGCCAGUGACAACCACAACCCCAUCGACGCCCUGCAAUCGUUCGAUCGAAAUGACUUCUUGACCCUGGAAUACAACGAGUCGCCCGCCCCAACCGACGUGUCUGAUGACACGGGUAUUGAAUCUGCGACCAAUGCUCUGUUUGAGGUGCGAGCUCUGCCGUGGUCCGUCGUCGCAAGUGACGAAGUAGUAUCGGAGCUCAUCUCGCAGUACUUCACGUUCGACUACUUAUAUGCUUUUCCUCCAAUACCGCGUGUCACAUUUCUGAACGAAAUGAAACUAGGAGACGUGGCCGCUGCAACAUCCUGCUCGCCACUGCUGGUCAACGCCAUCUGUGCGCAACAGUGUUUUCUCUCCCCCAAAAAGUAUCUAGAUACCACAGUACGUGAAGUGCUGGCAGAAAGCUUCUUGCAGGAGGCAAAUAGGUUACUCCAAAGCCAAGAAGCUCGCCUGUCCCUCCCAGACGCCCAAGCUAUCUGUCUGAUAUAUGCUGCCGUGGCCGCAAGAGAUCAAGUCAACUCUGGCACUAUUUCCGAUGCAGAUGCGGCCUGA